ACAUUUUGCAUAGCAUUUUGCUCUGCUCUCCAAGGGAAAUCGUUCACCGCCAAAAUAUAACAAAAUACGCUGGCCAAUUCCGUGGAAAAUGGGACAUGACCCCAAAACCAGUUUAUGACAAUCCAGUCAGUGUGUAUUGAGAAGUUGCUGUGGAUAUGUCACUACGUAGCUGCUGGGGUGUUGUGUGCAAUCAGAGGGACCGUAAAGAUCGUCCAGACCCGAAAGACUACAAAAUUGAAGACCUCAACGGGGAGACAGUAGGCCGGGUACCAGGCAAAGUGGACGGCCAGCAGUUCAUUAUUAAGAAUUGUCAGAACUGUAACAUCUACAUCUUUGACCACUCAGCGACGAUCACAAUCGACAAGUGCCAAGACUGCAACAUAUUCCUGGGUCCCAUAAAAGGAAGCAUAUUUCUGCGCAACUGUACGAAUUGCAAAGCGGUCAUCGCCUGCCAGCAGUUCCGUACUCGAGAUUGCAAGUCAAUCGACGUCUUUCUUCACUGCAGCUCCCAGCCAAUCAUAGAGACAUCUACCAAGAUACGAUUCGGAUGCUUCCAGUAUCACUACCCGGAACUUGCAGAUCAGUUUGCAAAAAGCAACCUCAGCCCUUACUGCAAUACAUGGGACACGAUACAUGACUUCUCACCUAUGCCAGAUGAGCAGAAUUGGUCUCAGUUACCAGAGAGUGCGGAGGUAUCUGACUACCUACCGCUACCAACGACAGAACAAUUUCAGAGCAUGACAAUCUCAACAUCAGCAGAUGACAGCGUUGUACCGCUGACCCUCGGUGGCAAGAAACAUAAAGGGUCAAAGUCAUCACUUGUCGCCUUCUUUAAAGACCCUUCAUCAGACCAAAGACUAAGGAAGUUCAUAAAUGAGAUGAGAAAUGAGGGGAGUUGCAGCUUAGUGCGGACUACAGAGGUCAACAUGGAUGCUGGUAUGGUAACCAGACUCUUUGGUGAGGAUAACAGGUACAUCUCUGCUGCCACAAAUGGUCCAGUGGUAGGUCUCGAAUUUGCUGGCGCCAACACGGCCCAGAAAUGUCAAGAAGUGGCCCAACCGCUCAUCGGCGAUUCGAUCGUCUACCUGCCCCAGAGCCCGGAGGAAGGCACCCAGGCGCUGGAUGGAUGGAAGAACCUUGUAGAAACACAGAUGGCCAUGUGAACAAAGUAUAUUCAGGCCUUUGACUUGUAAGCCUUUUAGAGGAUUUUAAAUAUUUUUUAACGGUCGCUACUCUGGACAAGGUGACCAUACCCAUUCAGUGGAAGUUUCAUACUCCUCUGCGGGGUUGAUAUUUCACUGAGACAGCGGAGGCAUUUGUUGCAAUGCCAGGGCCCCUUUUCAUAAGGCUGCUAAGCACAAAAAUUUGCUUAGCAUGAAAUGUUUGCCUUGAUAAAAACAGGAUUACCAACCAAAUG